GUCACAUAUGAACGAGAUUCUUGUCGUUCCAUAACAGUUGCCGUUUCCUCAAAGCCCUCGACGAUGGAACGACAGACACAGACCGAGCUUAUUUUGCCACUGUGGCGACAAUUUCUGUACUGCUUGGCGGGCGACGAUGCGUUCAGACGCCGUCGACAACGCGAAGCAGCCAGUAGUUAUCGAAAAUAUGGCGAUCGGCUGUCGAGGCACAUAAACAGCGUGUCUUACAUCGACAGGGUGGCUCGCAUAGUCUUCCCCGCGUCUUUCGGCCUACUCAACGUCUGCUACUGGGUGGUCUACGUUACCUAUCAGGAGGAAUUUAAGUGGCAGGACCCGCCGAUCGGAUCGAUCUCUCAUUAACGAAUUUUCCAUUGUGAUAAUAAAGCGAACGAUACAAUGUGAGCCAAGAAAAAUUAGAAGGCAUAUGUGCAUAUUCGUCCUUUACUUCAGACCGAUUUACGCCAAAUUUUGUUGAGAGUUGUGUUUCUAUCUUAUUGCAAUAGUAUAUUAGAUAGCUCUGUUCUCAAACUCUUCGCUGUUUCGCGAUCGCGUUAGCUGUAU